GCAAUUUACUUCUUGUAGCAUAGCUGAACAAUUGGCAUUUGUUAGAUUUGGGUUUUGUAAACUCUCUCUGAAUCCGUUUUGAACGGAUUGGCGAUCGCCACUAACCGCUUUAAGAACCGUCCGGCCCCGCCUUAACUUUGUCGGCUUGAAUCAUCUUAACCAUCCCGCGAUUUCCAAGACUCCAUCGUUUACCCCCAAACGUCGUCGCCAUGUCCUCUUCACCAAAAGACACUACUGAGGCCACGGAGCCUCCGAAGUCAAGCGAUACCGAUACCCAAGCAUGGAACGAAGACAAACGCCGGAAGUUCGAAACGAAAUCGAAGAGCGAGUUCUACGACCCAUGCCAAGAGGCUGCGCAAAGGAGCUAUAGAUGCUUGUUCAGGAACGGAGGCGAUAAGAAUAUGUGUGGAGAGUAUUUCCAGGCAUAUCGCGAUUGCAAACAAGCAUGGGUACGUUAUAUAUCCACGAUGCUACAGCCGAAGAGAAUACCCAAUACUCAUCACUCCCAUAGACCGACAAACGGAAAAAGGAAGGCCGUGGUUGGUUCUAAUGGGGAUGUUCGCUCUCGGCAGCUUGCGUUGACCUGCUAGUUCCCAGCCUGUCUCGGCAUCAUGACUGACAACAGAGGUGCCAUUGUAACAUUAAAGGAGAUCAUAUACUGUACAAUACGGAAGCGCGGUGCAAAAUUCUGCUAUCUUUACUAAGCGAAAAGUCUGAUCUCCUCUCAGUGCAAGCAUCUUUGAGAAAAUCCCAGUCCACCUCGGCUGACAGGCUAGGUCAGCGCAUCUUCGCAAAUUGGUAGGGCAAUGACUUUCUGAUCUGUACGUCUCUAUCCUAAGGUAUCCCAAACAUCCACUGCUUUUCUACACCGAUGGGAACACAGCUACUGUUGAGAUACAAAGACGUCCCAAUCGCUGCUUGCCAGGUUUCACUGUUUAUGCCUGGAUCAACACCUCGUCUUACACCAGCUGGCAUGGGGUUCUGAGACCGAUCAAGUAUAUACGGAGCUGUCACGAUAUGGUAGGUGUUGGAUGAUGGCUUUGCAGUUGAGGAACGAAGGACAAAGAGCUACACAAAAUGCACGGUUAUUCAAUUUAGGCACUGCAUGAACACUUAAUGUACCAGAACGUCUAAACCCGUCAUCCUAUCAGAAUCCCGCAAUUGUUACAAUUGUGCGUUAUCAGUCAUGCGGUCGCGAGAUUUGUCGAAGGCGGAUUUCUAGAGUAUAAAGACCAGUCGCACUAUCCAAACGGGCGUCGGGCUCGUACUGGAACCGAGCCUCAUCGGCGCACUUGUUCAGCCUCGUGGCAUGCCACGUUGAGCGCUCUUCAAACACCUGCUUGUCCAAAGCUACUCCAACAUCAGCUGUCAAUCGGAUCGAGUCCAGCAUCCUCCAAGUUCUAAGCGAGUAUAUCUUCCAAGAAUCGAGUGUAAGCCCGAUCGUCGACGUGCAUGCGGCUCCUAGCGUCUCAAGCCCGAACAUGAGAAUCCAUGGAACAAAUGUCAUUGCGUAUUCAUCGAUGUUGGACUGGACUUGAUAUCUCUCAGCCCUUGCCGUUUGGUAAUUGUCAAGGAGUACUUGACGGGCCUCUAUUUCGUACCAUAGGAAAGCAUCGGCAAGGGUUUCCAGGUCCCAAAUCUGUCGACUUCCUUCCGUCACCGCUCCAAGUGCCGCUCGAAGCAAGUGUCCGCCGAGCCCGGACGGUCUGCCAUCACGCCUAUCAUCAAAGGCAUCAGUACGUGGCGUCAAGCUCAGCACCGGAAUAUCGUGCCCUGUAUCAGGCUUCUCAUCGACAAGGGUGUUCUCAAUCAUCGACCAGUCACUCCCGUUCACUUUGAUAUCAGCCCAUCCAGUGGAUCUAUUUAAACGGCAUGUCAAACCUGAAAAUGCCAGGCUGCGGUUUGUUUGUCGAUGCUCAGUACCGGGCAAACCUUUGGCAAAAGGUAUCAAGCUACCCCAUCGCUCUGUAGUAACCACUGGGGCAUCAUCGUACCCGGAAUUCAUAACCCCGAUCCUAAGAGCAGUCUCAUCGAAGGCAAUGAGUGGAUACGUGUCUCUCUUUCCAUUCAGUACUAUAUCUGAUAUAUCAAUUUGGUCUGUGCCGAGCGAUGCUUCGUAUGCCGUUGACUCUGAGCCGAAUACUGAAGCUGUUUCCUCAAGGACAAACCUGAGAUGCGGGUUACGUUUGUCUGGCAGCAUCAUUGAUACGCCUUGAAGAUGAGAGGGACUGCAAAUCAUUUUUAGUCGAUAGACUGGGGCAUGAUAUAGUUGCAUGACGGCAGGAGAAAGGGACGAACGUGAUUGAUCCGAGACCUUGACGCUCACCAAUCCUGUUAUAGAUGGCUUGAGCAUCCCUUGCUGUAGGCGUGAAAGCCUAUCCUGAAGUCUUGCCGCAACCUGUUGCCGGAUUGACUGGUCGUCCAGUGGUAUUGGGCGUGAGCCUCCCGGCAGCACCGAAUGUGUAUCAUGCAGAUAUUCAAGCACCUGCGUAGACGUAUCCACUCCGGCCUGUUGAUAUGCCACAGCAUUGCCAAGCAACGAGAAACUCAGGGCUGAGAGAACAGCGAUCAUUCCCAAGCAGAUCACGCGAGGCCUUGAACGGACGAAAGUCCAGAACUUAAGUGGGCUAAAGGACCCCCAGUCUAUGCUGGCGACUUCAACGAGGACCUUCAUGCUCACGGCUGAGUUUCUUCCGCUAUGCUCGUUUACUGCUGAAAGACGAGCAGGUUUGGACAUAUGCCAAUUGGCAACUGCGACCACGGCUGGAGCCACCAGAAUGGAGAAAGCCGCGUCGAUGAGCUUGGCUUCAGUAGACGAGAGCUUGCCUCCAACAAUGACGGCUGCUAUGUAGCUUCUGUCUGUCCUGACUUGGAUAUAUGCGAUGAACCAGCAAUUGCAAAUGAGAGAAGCUGAGCCGAUGAACGCAAUUGUCAUGAGGGAGUAUAAAACAUGUCUGUUGAGGGGACAGUCUGUGUGUACUGACGUGGGGUCCUCUGUAAUCUUAUCCUCUCGACUUGGUGCUAGCAGUCCAUCGUGGACCGAUUGAGUGCCGUGUUGAGUAUCUUCGGGUUUGGGAGUUCCUAAUGCACUGGUGUCGACAGAUUCGGGGUCAUCUUCUUCUGCGACUACGCUGAGAGGCGACACUGGUCGGUUCGCCAUCUCCAAAGACUCAUUUUCUGGCUGGGUUCCCAUGUUCAUUGGAUAAGAAGGGAAAAGUGUCUUGCUCAAUUGUCCGAAAGCAACGAAGAUUGUCAAUGCAGUUAUACUUCUCUAAACAUGAGAACAUUUCGAUCGACUCGCAUUUCAACACCAACCACAAAAUGAUGCUCGCAGAUGGGUUGUACCAUCAAAGCUGGAGCGGUUUUAUUGUCCUUGUGUGUCCCUACCCUUCUUGGAUCGGUGUGCUGCAUCUUCCUCAAAUGAACAAUUCUUGUUGUCCUUGAACUCUCAAUUGAGCAUUGGGCAUGUCAAUCUGUAAAAGGACACGGUGAAGCUGAGUGAAGAUUGACAAAUUGUCGCCGCGUUCACAUUGCGGAAGUCCUCCAACGGUUACAUCUUAGUCACCAUCGUUUGUAGAAUGUAACUCUACUGUAGAAAGAGGUCCAUAUCUGAUGUGCAGUGCAUUGCCUUUAACUACUACGUCUCAUGCGGUGGCUCACAACUUCCCAGGGUAGGUACGGAGUGAAGAAGAUGCCUGGAUAGAACAGGGAACCAUGACUGAGAGAAGUUGAUGAUUGAGCUGGCAAUAAAACCACGGAUUAUAAUGACAGAUGUAAGCGCUGUGACAUUGAGAGCACACCUGAGUGUAAUGCUUGAGUCUGGAAACACGUGGUGUUAGGUAUUUCUGUUGAUGCUGUAGCAG